AUGUGUCCUCUCACCAGGCAGCCAGAAGGCUGGAUGCUGCUGGCUCUGAGCUCACACUGUGGCCUGGGCCUCGCAAACAAACUGGCCGGCCACAGCCUCCCACAGCGGGCUCUCAGCCCCCUCGCUAAACACACGCACAGGAAAGAACUUGCGCAGGGCCAGGGCAGCGACUCUGCUUUUCUAUUGGUGGGGCGUGUCCCCCCCCUCCGCCCACGGCCCGGCCAAUCAGCGCGCGUUCCCUCUCCAAAAGCUAGCGAGGGUAACGACUGGGAGAAUUCCCUUCGCACACGCGCAGGGAAACAGCUGGGGGGCGGCGGCUGCUGCGGGCCGGGCGUCUUAUCCACGCGCAGUGGGACUCCGGCUGCUGCUGCCGCCGCUUGUCUCUUCCUGUCAGUCCAAGAGAACAAACUGUUUUGGAGACCCCUGAAGCAAGAAGUUCAAGGCAUUGGUGACACGAUGCCUUCAGUUCCUCCAGAAGCAGAGAUGGACAACGGUUCCUGCCCUCACUUCUCUGCUAAAUGUGUGCUGAAUGGAGGCCUGGAGAAGGAGUCCGGUAACAUCAGUGAGGAGAGAAAGUGGAUCCGACCUGACACCCCUAGCAAAUGUACCUGGGAGCCAGGAAAACUCCCCUCUGAAUCCCCUCAUUAUCACCCCACUUUGUCAAAGUCUCCAAACAUCCUGCCAAACAUUCUGAAGAAAAUUGGUGAUACUCCUCUGGUACAAAUCAACAAGAUUGGAAAGUUCUUUGGACUCAAGUGUGAACUCUUGGCAAAGUGUGAGUACUUUAAUGCUGGGGGGAGCGUGAAGGAUCGAAUUAGCCUGAGGAUGGUGGAGGAUGCAGAAAGAGCUGGGAUUUUGAAACAUGGGGACACGAUCAUUGAGCCAACAUCAGGAAACACAGGAAUUGGGCUGGCCCUGGCUGCUGCAGUGAAAGGCUACCGCUGCAUCAUUGUGAUGCCAGAGAAAAUGAGCAUGGAGAAGGUGGAUGUUCUGAGAGCUCUUGGCGCUGAGAUUGUGAGGACCCCAACUACUGCCAGAUUUGACUCGCCUGAAUCUCAUGUGGGAGUAGCAUGGCGACUGAAAAAUGAAAUCCCCAAUUCCCAUAUCCUAGACCAGUACCGCAACGCCAGUAACCCCUUGGCACACUAUGACACUACAGCAGAGGAGAUCCUGCAGCAGUGUGAAGGAAAAAUAGACAUGCUGGUGGCUGGAGCUGGUACAGGAGGCACCAUUACUGGCAUUGCAAGAAAGCUGAAAGAGAAAUGCCCAGAUUGCAAAAUUAUUGGCGUCGAUCCCCAGGGCUCCAUUCUUGCUGAGCCUGAAGAACUGAAUAAGACUGACAAGACAACAUACGAGGUGGAGGGGAUUGGAUAUGAUUUUGUCCCUACAGUGCUGGACAGAUCGGUGGUGGACAAGUGGUACAAGAGCAAUGAUGAGGAGUCUUUUUCGUUGGCACGCAUGUUAAUCAGAGAGGAAGGAUUAUUGUGUGGUGGCAGCUCUGGCAGUGCAAUGUCCAUUGCUGUGAAGGCUGCCAAGGAUUUGACAGAAGGUCAGCGCUGUGUUGUCAUCUUGCCCGACUCUGUCAGGAACUACAUGUCCAAGUUUUUGAAUGACAAAUGGAUGACCCAGAAAGGGUUCAUGAAAGAAGAUGAUGACCUCGUUAAGAAACCUUGGUGGUGGAACCUCAAAGUUCAGGAAUUAAGUCUCUCUGCUCCCCUGACAGUGCUUCCAGGUGUCACCUGUGAAAAGACCAUUGAAAUCCUCCGAGAGAAGGGAUUUGACCAGGCACCAGUUGUUGAUGAUUGUGGUGUGAUUUUGGGCAUGGUUACCCUUGGGAACAUGCUUUCAUCAUUACUUGCUGGGAAAGUCCAGCCAUCAGAUCAUGUCAGCAAAGUAAUCUACAAGCAAUUCAGACAGAUUCAUCUGAAAGACAGCUUGGGGAAACUUUCUCAUAUCCUGGAAAUAGACCACUUUGCUCUAGUUGUACAUGAACAGAUUCAGUAUCACAGUGACGGCUCCUCCAGUAAGAGACAGAUGGUGUUUGGCGUUGUUACAGCCAUUGACUUGCUUAAUUUUGUGACUGCACGGGAGUGGGAAAGAAGGGCCACCUAAGUUCAAGGACCACUCUGUUUGCAACAUCUUCCGUGGCAUUUUGCAGUCUCUAGAAAGAAUCAGGCCUCUCUCUCUCUCUCUCCCUUUGCUAGAAUGUUCUGUCUCCUGUUUUGUUUUUAACAUUCUAAAAAUAAACACAGUUGGGAUCAUCCUGACUGCUGUGAUGUAACAGCACAUCUAAACGUUGCAGAGCUUUUCAGGAUUGUUAGCUCUCAAUCUCCUGUAAUUGGUUGAUCUGCAUAGAAUUUAUAUAAAAAACAAAUGUUAGACCGUACUGAUUGUGCUUAAAGUCUAAAACACUGUUAACACUUAAUUGAAGGUAAUAAACUGAACAGCCACAGCCAAGCUGAGGCGAGAGCAAUCUAGGAAGACUGCCUAUGAGACUGUGUGUGUUGCUCAUUGACAUAAAAUAAGUCCAAGACACUGGAUUUGGUGACAAUAUGGGUAUGCCUUCCCUAGUAAAACAUUUGUGUAUCUUUUCACAGUGAGAUCGUUAACUUGAAACGGGGUUGAGGUAAAUCCUGGACUCCAGCUAUAGGGUUUACCUCCAGCAGCUGUUUUGAGUCCGAGCUAUCACUUGCCUUGUCUUGACUGAAAUAUUGCAAUAAGGUAGCUAACACAAGAGUCAUCUUACUGUAAAAGACACACCUUUUUCUUAGUGAAGACACAGCUUAUAUCAUUUAUUUUUACCUGGCUGAAUAACCACAUGCGUAAACAACAAAUCAAAAUCAGAUCAAGCUCUCUAAAGAGCGAAUUCUUACCGGUUAUGGCGUGUUUCAUGCACAACAAGAAGGCAGCACAUUUCCCCUGAAAACUUUUAUCUAAGACUGACCUCCUACCUCUAACUGAAGUUCUUAUGCCUACACUUAGGUCAUAUAAUGUAAUUCUCUCCAGUCAGGAGCAAGGGGAGGCCCUGUAAGAUCCUUUCAUCGCAGCCCCCUGGCUCCUCAAGUGCUUCUGAACUCUAGAUGUCUCUGCAGGGAAGAAACACUAGCUUCUGCGAUGUAUAACAAGACAUAAACACAUCUAGGACAAAAUCCUGCCCUUCGUUAGACUUGUAUAACUGGACUACAGGCAAUAGGGCUGCAUAGGUAUGAGAGGGCAGAAUUUGGCCCAUAAUAUUUAAUGAGUGUACUGAAUACACUGUGACCAAACUUACCAGUGACCCACUGCAAUGGCAUUGUCUGAGCCAGUCAGAGUGGAGGGGAUGCUGUGCAGUUAGCUAGGUGUAACUAUGGAUUUCUUUUAGCUACAGAGGUUUCUGGAGUCUCAUUUGUGUCUGACUUGCAUUAGUUUAGUGUUGCCCUUUCUCAAACUGUUCAGUCCACCUAACCUUGUACUCUGGCUAAUAGUGGCUCUCAGCCACUCGGCAGUGGUUUACAUAAUAACUCUACAGAGAUGCUGUCUCGGCUUCUCACUCCCUUUAGCUGAAGCAGAAAAAUUCCACAGUUUACACACAAAGCCAGACAAAAACUCCCAAGAAUCUGCAGCUGUCAAUCAACUAAAAGAGGAAUUAUUUAUAUAUACACACACACACAAUAUAAAAAAUCCCACCCAUCUGUAUUUUCAUUUCCCUCCUUCCUUCAAUCGCUGCAGGUCUCUUAGCCCCACAAAUGCUGUCACAUUUGCUUUACAAUUUGAAAAUCUGCAGCCCCUCCCUCCCAAUUCAGUUUUCAACACAAACUGUAAACAAAAGUAUGUUAUUCUGGGGACAGCAGCCUUGCUGGUGUGGAGAGGAGCGAAAUGAAUGUGUGAUGAGAGUUAAGACUGGCUUUGGAAGUUUCUUUACCUUCUGUAGUAUGACAGUCUCUAUUUUGUAGCUUCUUCUCUUUACUCUUAAAAGUUGAAUAUUAAAAAAUUUCAUCAUAAUAACAACUUCAGGCUGCUUCAUGUUAACUCUUUAAUGUCAUAUCCAUGGCUACUAAAUGCUUCUGCCUUUGGCCUCUAAGCUUGUUCAACCCAGGGUAUGAUUACCUCAACACCAGAAGUCCCCUCAAGUUACUGUUAUAACAAAAAGAACAGGAGUACUUGUGGCACCUCAGAGACUAACAAAUUUAUUUGAGCAUAAGCUUUUGCUCAAAUAAAUUUGUUAGUCUCUAAGAUGCCACAAGUACUCCUGUUCUUUUUGAGGACACAGACUAACAUGGCUGCUACUCUGAAACCUGUUAUAACAAAAGUUACACAAAGUGUCUGAAAGACUUAAAACUCUCCCUGUUGCUUGGAGCCAGUGAGCAGUUGCAAGCUGUAGCUUAGAUAGCAUUAAAGAAAUGCUCCCUUCCUCUUGGUCCUGGACUGAUUUAAGUAAUUCUCUAAGUAAAUAAAUCGGUGGAACCAUCACUGUCAGGAACUCAGAGAAUACAGAGAAAGAGGCAGAACAGAGCUAGAAAGAGAAAUCUAGACAAAAGUAAUUAAUACAGUGCUGCAAUGAAAUAGACAUGCCUCCCUCCCCUCUCUCCCCCACCCACACACUACCAGUGGGAGGGACUCUAUUAGACAGUUGCAUCUGACAGAAUCAUCCCAGUCCUGAAAUGACUUGGACAAAAAGUCAUCAAAUGCAGUGGUCUGUUCAAAGCUCCCUGUGUACUCUAUGGCAGUGGUUCUCAAACUGUGGGUCAGGAUUGCCUAAAAAUCUCUGUAUUUACUGUGCUGUGAAGACCAAAUAAGGCUGGUGGGGAAGUGUGUGUGUUAAACUCCAGUCUUCUGUCCAAAGCUUGAAUAGAACUAUUUUUACUGGUGUGCGCGUGUGUGUGUCUGCUCUCUCCAUAUUAUUUAGCUUAUUGUAAACAGAUGCUGGCCACCUUACUUAAAGCUACUUUGCACAGGGAUAUUUGUUGAAAUGUUGCAUUGCAUUUGUAUGUCUUUCUCUUUAAAUUUCAACCCUUUUGGUUUACUAGUGACUCUGUAAAAACAUUAGAAUUUUCUUAUAUGAAGGCAGUUUUUCAACUAAAUCUGUGUAAUUCAUCUUUGCAAGGUUUCCUGGUAACUUCACACAUGUCAGAUAAGGAAUUAGAGAGAACUUUAAAGUCCUUCUUUCCACUCAUGCCAUAUCUGUGGCUGACUCCAGAACUCCAUGUAUGUAGUAUAGUUGCAGCCAUGUUGGUCCCAGGAUAUUAGAUAGACAAGGUGGUGAGGUAAUAUCUUGUAUUGGACUAACUUCUGUUGAUGAGAGAGACAAGCUUUUGAGCCACACAGACCUUCAUGUAGCUUGAAAGCUUCUGGUCCAAUAAAAGACACUACCUCUCUCACCUUGUCUCUCUAGAAUUCCAGGUAAUUCAAUUGCUUCUGUUUAACAAACUUAAUCUAAUUCACACAGUUCACCACUGGGUGCUGUCUUAACCUAUAGAUUGCAGUACUGAGCUUCAUGCAGCAAGUAAUACACACUGGUUUAAAUGGCAUUAGCCAUUGCAGACUUCAUUCAACACUUUCUUACUGUUUAAUGUCAACAUUUAAGCCACUCUACAGUGAUUAAGGGAAGUCUUUUAUGUUUUAAAGGGAAAAAAUCAUUCAAUACAAUGUGCUGUAUUUAUUGCACAAAAGUUCAAUGUACAUUAUAAAGAGUUCAAUAAAAGCAACUUGAGUGACUUAAAA